CUUUAAGGGCAUCAGCAGAAGAAUUUACUAAUGAUCCUUGUUAUCUACCUAAAAGGGAGGCUGUUGUUCAAGCAGCACAUUCCCUUUUGACUGCUGUUACUAGACUACUUAUUCUGGCAGACAUGACUGACGUUGCCUACCUGUUGCAACAUUUAACACUGUUUCAAAGAACAUUUGAGUCUCUAAGAAAUGUGCGCAGCAAAUCUGAACUACAGAAAACCUACCAGAAGCUGGGGAAAGACCUGGAAAAUCUAGAUUAUUUGGUUUACAAACGUCAACAGAGCUUAAUCAUCUUGGAUCCACAUGCCAUAAAAGAAGAGGACAUAAGACCAUCACUAGAGAAACGUUUGGAAGCAAUUAUCAGUGGGGCAGCUCUGUUAGCUGAUUCUUCCUGCACACGUGACUUUCAUCAGGAACGUAUUAUCACAGAAUGUAAUGCCAUCCGCCAAGCUCUCCAAGAUCUUCUUUCUGAAUACAUGAAUAAUGCUGACAAGAAAGACAAGAAUAAUGCCCUGAAUAGUGCAAUAGAUAACAUGUGCAAGAAAACGCGAGACCUUCGCAGACAGCUCCGUAAAGCUAUAAUAGACCAUGUCUCAGACUCCUUCUUGGAUACCACUGUUCCACUUCUAGUUCUUAUUGAAGCUGCUAAAAAUGGAAGGGAAAAAGAAAUGAAGGACUAUGUUGCUAUUUUUCAAGAACACGCCAGCAGGCUUGUAGAGGUGGCUAAUCUUGCUUGCUCAUUGUCAACAAAUGAAGAUGGAAUUAAAAUCAUCCAAAUGGCAGCUAAUUACAUAGAGACUAUAUGCCCACAGGUUAUCAAUGCUGCUUUGGCUCUUUCUGUCAGGCCAAAAAGCCAGGUGUUAAAAAACAACAUGGACAUGUACAAAAGCACAUGGGAGAAUCAUAUACAUGUUUUCACAGAAGCUGUGGAUGACAUAACAAGUAUUGAUGAUUUUCUUGCUGUAUCAGAAAGCCACUUUCUUGAGGAUGUGAACAAGUGUAUCAUUGCACUGAGAGAGCAAGAUGCAGAUAAUUUAGACCGUGCAGCUGGUGCCAUCCGAGGGCGUGCUGCAAGGGUGAUGCACAUUGUUUCUGGUGAGAUGGACAAUUAUGAACCUGGGGCUUACACUGAAGGAGUGAUGAGAAAUGUUCAGUAUCUGACAAAGACUGUGAUUCCAGAAUUUAUUACUCAAGUCAAUAUUGUAUUGGAAGGCCUAAGUAGGAACACAGUGUACCUGUUUGAUGAGAAUAAGUUUGUCGACAUUUCAAAGAAGGUCUAUGAUACCAUUCAUGACAUUAGAUGUUCAGUAAUGAUGAUUCGGACCCCAGAGGAAUUGAAAGAAGUUUCUGACCUUGAAGAGGACCAUGACAUAAGGAGUCAUACAAGUGUUCAAACUGAAGGCAAAACAGAUAGGGCAAAGAUGACUCAGCUGCCAGAGGCUGAAAAAGAAAAGAUAGCUGAGCAAUUGGCUGACUUGAAGAAAGUCAAGAGCAAGCUUGAUGCAGAGAUUGAAAUAUGGGAUGAUACCAGCAAUGACAUCAUUGCUUUAGCUAAACGGAUGUGUGUAAUUAUGAUGGAGAUGACAGACUUCACAAGGGGUAGAGGUCCUCUGAAGAAUACAUCUGAUGUGAUUAAUGCAGCAAAAAUGAUUUCAGAGUCAGGAUCCAGGAUGGAUGCACUAGCACGAUUGAUUUCCAACCAGUGUCCAGACCAAUCAUGUAAGCAAGAUUUACUGGCUUACCUGGAACAGAUCAAGCUGUAUUCCCACCAGCUGAAAAUCUGCAGUCAAGUUAGAGCAGAGAUCCAGAAUCUUGGGGAAGAGCUCAUCAUGUCUGCUUUGGAUAGUGUCACUUCACUAAUUCAGGCAGCCAAAAAUUUAAUGAAUGCUGUGGUGCAGACUGUGAAGAUGUCCUAUAUUGCCUCCACUAAGAUUAUCAAAUUUCAAAGUCCUACUAGGCUACGGCACCCUGUUGUGAUGUGGAGGAUGAAGGCCCCAGAAAAGAAGCCCCUGUUUAAAAGAGAGAAGCCAGAAGAAAUCUAUACAGCUGUCAGGAAAGGUUCUGCUAAGAAAAGUACCCAUCCUGUUCAAGCCAUGAGUGAAUUUAGAGGAAGAGAAAUAAUGUAACAUUCUUAUUCUGCCACUGUGCACUUUGAAACUGCUCCUUUUGCAUGUUGUUUUUCCCACUUGUUAAAACCUGAAAGUAUGUUAAUGUUGGGGAUUUUCUGCUUUUGUAUGUUUAACAAUUACUUUGGCUUUACAGGAGAUUUUUUUAACACUGUUAGAUGUCUUAAGAACACACAGUAUAAAAACAUUGUCUUUUAUUCUCUGAUUCUGACAUUGUUUUUUCUGUUUAUAAUGCCUUGUUUGACACAAAGCAUUUUGAGUGAUAGGUCACAGUGCUGUGUUAUGCUAAGGGUAUGCAUAGCUGGCUUUCAUGUAUUUGGAAGACAAUCCACAAUGAGCCAAAUUCAUCUGUUGUAUAACUUCACUGACUGCAAUGAGAUUACAUCUAAUGAAUAUGGCCAAACUGUGUGAAAUUUAAGAUAUUCUACAACACCUUUUAAGGGUAGGGUAUAUUGGACUAGAUGCUUAGCUGGCAUGAAUCACUGCAGUUUCAUUGAAAUAAAAAAAGAUCUGGGCUGAUUUACACUGCCUGAAUGCCUGGCCUGUUCAACUUAUCCACAUUAAAAGAGUUGACGAGAUUUCUUUUUCAUAAGUCUAUUAGGCAUAAACUUUAGCUAUAAACAAAAGUGAAAAUAUAUUAUUAGAAAUAUUUGGUGAAACAAAAAGCAUAAGAGUGUAGAUGUAAUAAUACUAUAAAAAGCAGGUUUUCUUAAUAACCAGUAGUAAGAAUCUUUUAGAGAAAUCUUUGAAGUGUUACCACUUAUUCAUAUUUUACUUCAUGGGCUAGUUUAUAUAUUCUGGGAAAAUAGGUUAGUGACUAUUAUUUCUAUAAGUCCUAAUAAAUCUGAAAAUAACUAUAAAAUAUUGUAUAUAAGUAUAUAAUAAUCAUGUCACAAAAAAUCAUAAUACCCGAUAUUAAUUUGUAAAAUGCAGAUGGAACUAUUUUGAAAGCACCCUAUAAAUAUUAAGAUUUUACAUUAUAAUUGCAGUGGAUUUAACUACUUUGCUCACAGUACCACACUCCUGAACUGCAGGACCAUUCCAGGUUGCAGACAGCUUGCUAAAUUACUAUAUUUCACAACAUAUAAAUAUGACAGAAAGUGCUAUUAGCUUUUAAUUGCCACUAUAGCUCUGUGAAAUAAUCUGAGAGAGAAUAUCUUUUCUAGAUCAUUGAUGAAAUAUUUUAAUUGAAUCCUGCAUUCAUUUGAGUUGAGCCUUGCGUUCAGGAUUCCAAGCAAAUGUGAAUUUUAGCUUGGUGAUUACAAAGUUACACAGCAUGAGCUUCUCUUUUUCCCCUCUCUCCAAAGCCCUCAGCACUUCUCUCGAAGUUGAUUUUGGCUGGAGGGACUGGUGACCAAAAUUCUCCCUUCACUAAGUGCUAAGGUCAGGAAUUCAUCUCCCAUCUCAGGUUUUCAUAAAACAUAAAAUGGCUAAUUUGUUUUGUAAGGGACUGCACAACUUGGACUGCUGCAACCUGUAAAUUGAAAUGUUUUGGUAAACAGGGUAUGCUAGCUCUUCUCCCACAUAUGGCAGCAUGAAUGAGGAAAAUAUUCCCACAGCCUCUUUUUUUUCUACAGCCCUCCUGUAACACAGGAUCUAGUGGAGCAUCCUGCAGCCAUAUCUAAAGGAUCUUGUCACUCAUUGUCCCUGAGCCCGGUUACCAAGGGGCUUCAGUAAUGAGACACUGGAAAAAAUCUCACCCCUCUUGACUUGAAGAAGUUCCUAAUGUGUCCACAGAUCUUAAAAGGAUGAACACACCUACAGUUCCCUGGAAGCCUAGACAGAGAGGAUGUCAGGUGACAAACCAAUGUAGUAGGUAGAGGGGCUGAGAGCCACUGAAGAGCUCUGUAGAAACCAAUGCUUUUGCAAGGAUGCACUGAGUGGGGAAAGGCGGGGGGGCGGGGAUUUGUGUUCUAAAUGUUAUUCCGGCUUCUAAGUGAUAUUUCAGAUUGGUCUCCACGGCCUCAGCAAGAUUCAGUUUGCAAAUAUACUAUACUCUUGUAUGCUCUUUUUCCUUUUAAUAAAGCCUUUAGGCCGAGUCAUGCUUUUGUUAUUGGCCACUUUGGUAUCAAAUCCUUAGACUAAAUGCUUUUGGAGGUCAUAUAAAUAAUAAAAUGCAAUUGACACA